AUGUCGUCCACCAGCAACGCCUCCAUUGACAAGUUCAACGGAGAGAAUUACGCAACGUGGAGCCGGUACAUGCGCAGUGUGUUUUUGACGAAGUCCGUCUGGCACGUCGUCAGCCGUGAAGGUGACUCCGACUUUUUCUUCACCGACCCACCCGAGCGUCCGAUGACUACGUCAAGGCAAGCAACGUCGCGUUUGGUAUGA